UUUCAGAGUUGGAAUAAAAUUCGGGUAAGUUUUGAAACACCGUUUUAUGCCAUCCCCAAAUCACUUUUGCUGCACUUGUAUCACUUUAUGUGAAGAGGGUAUGUUCGUUUUGUUAGAAUAACAAAUAAUGAUUUCCAUAUUAUGACAGGAUUCUGCUUGGCUGCCGCUGAUGUUGCAACCACUACCCCGACAACAACCGGCACGCAAGUAACAGAUAAUGCCAUGACAACAGUGCCGCCUUCACUUGUUACAACAGUGCCAGUUGAUACUACCAAAGCGAUCAAGGCAACUACCGGCAAUUCGAUGCUCCCAACAAAUGCGACGCUGACAUCCACUGCUAUUACUUCUGCUGCACCUGAUAUUACCUCCCCAAUUGCUACAACCAUGCCAACUACUGCUCCUGCAACAACCCCUCCUCCUUCACGGGACAACAAUUGGAAUGUGACUGGAAAAAAUGGCCUCAUGUGUCAAUCCAUGCAAUUUUGUGCUAACGUCACUGUUCCUUAUUACAACACGUCUAAUUUGCCCGAUAGUGUAACAGUGUCUGUCCCUUCCUCGUCAAAUGCCAAUGGCACCUGUUCAAUGAAGGAGAGAGAGUUUAUCUUGGACUUCAUUCCUGAUGGUGGCAAUGAAACCUGGACUCUCAAAUUCGUCUUCACGGCCAAUACUUCCAGUUACCAGUUGACAUCCCUGAAUGUUAAAUUCAGUUAUGAAGACGUCUUCUUUAACACAAAGAAACGAGGUCAACAAAGUUCCACUUAUAUCUCGAUGGAUGGUCCAUUGGCUGGACUCACUGCGCCCCUGGGAUGCCCCUGUGAACGUGACACCGUGUUAAUCCAGUCAACAGACAAACAGCAAUUACAUGCCGUGUUUUCCGACCUCAACAUACAGCCAUUUUAUGACAAGGAACACCCGAAAAUAUGUCAACCACCCAAAACACCCAGUGAUUCGCCUUCCAACGUGUGGAGGUCCGUGGGAGUCGCGUUCAUCAUCAUGUUUGUUGUACUUCUGCUGGCGUCUGCUUUAUACUGCUUUUAUGUCAAAAAGAAAAAAACAACAUACACCGGCGAUCAAAUUGAUCUCGUGGACCCGGACCAAUACUAAAACUAAAAAAAGGCGCAGAAGGGUCCUUCCAUCCUAUUGUCAUUUAAUACAGGCGCCAUUUUCAGGUUGAUUUGUUUGGUCGGGUUCAGGUCGUUGUUUUCAUAUUUAAUCAGCAGCGUAUCUUCGGUAUAAGAGCAUUUUGUGGGCCAUGAACGUCAGGGUUUGUAAAAUAGAAGGAUGGAAGCCGUGCACAGGACUGUGAUCUUGUAACUCGGUGACAUUUGAAUGAAAAAGGCGCUCUAUUUUGCAAUGGAGCGUAGGCAUCGUUUUUCAAAAUGACGAUGGGCUUCAGGGCUAUUUUUAGUGGUGAUCAUUUUCGGAUUAAAAUUUCUCGCAAAUGUCAUAAGAUUACCUCAAAAAUUGAACAAAAGAUAAAAGAUGAUGAAAAAAGCUUUAGUUUGAUGCAUGUCUUGAACAACUCAGAGAGUUGUGAGUAUUUGUAAUAAUUUUGGGAAAUGCGCGUAAUGCAGUAUAUAUUUACCGGUCUGCACCCUGAACAGCGCCGCCGAUGAGGGGCUCCGUGCGUGACCGGCGAAAUUUGCCUAGCCUUCUUUGAUGGGAUGGUGGGACCACACACGCACACGAACGUGUGUUCACCGUCUAUCGUG